CGGCCCAGGCGAGGAUUUUCACGAAAACAUCAACCGCAGACUGCGUACCAGUGCCAGCGGGACCCGACGCUAUGGAUCCAACGGCAUGACAGCCGAGUCGAUGGCGGUUUCAAAGUUGGAUAACGGUGUUCGGUCUUGAAGAGAGACGUUAGAAGCGUGAAACAGAUUUAACGGUAAUGAAUGCGGUAUCACUUGUUUGAUAGAAAGACAGAGAGAGAGCGAGAGAGAGAGAGGGAGAGAGAGAGAGAGGGGCCAAAGUGGACUCCCUCCCUCGGUAGAGCCGUUCCGCCCGAUGGAGGCUGACGGGACCUUUGCAGUGAGCUCCAGGCCCGUAAUGUCACCUGUGAAACGUCGACACCUCGUCGGAGGACGUAAUUAAGGAAACCCUCGCGCACACCUGUCUGAAGACUUCAUUUGACAACUUCGUAGCGAGCCUGUGUACAGCAACUAAAGUUAGCAGGUCAACGUUAGCUGCGGGAGGCGACCCCCUCGCGCAACAUGACUAUCAUAGAUAUCACUUAACGAGAGGUUACUCACCGCCUCAGGUAACACGGGACAGGUGAACAACGAGCUGUUUAACGGACUUCUUUCUGCUCAUGUUUUAGAAAGUUGCCUCGUUAUAUUUCACCAGCUGCACGUUGACUCCAACUCACUUGGCUUGGCUCGAGCAUACAAGAACUUCUUUUUUUUUUCUCCUCAUCAAGUGUCGUCUUCUCCGUCAGCCAUGUCACUCAAAGACAAUCCGUGUCGCAAGUUUCAAGCCAACAUCUUCAACAAAAGUAAAUGCCAGAACUGCUUCAAGCCCAGAGAGUCACAUCUGCUCAACGACGAAGACUUAAAUCAGGCCAAACCUAUAUAUGGAGGAUGGUUGCUGCUAGCACCAGAGGGGACUAAUUUUGACAAUCCGUUACAUAGAUCACGGAAAUGGCAAAGGAGGUUCUUCAUCCUUUACGAGCAUGGCUUACUUCGAUAUGCUCUGGACGAAAUGCCCAGCACUCUACCCCAGGGUACAAUCAAUAUGAACCAGUGCUCCGACGUCAUCGAUGGAGAGUCCAGAACGGGUCAGAAGAACUCGCUGUGCAUCCUGACCCCUGAGAAAGAGCACUUCAUACGGGCUGAGUGUAAAGAAAUUAUCAACGGGUGGCAGGAGGCCUUGACUGUAUACCCCAGGACCAACAAACAGAACCAGAAGAAAAAGCGCAAGGUUGAUCCACCCACUCACCAGGGUGGAGAAACUGCAAGCCAGUGUUUUUCCACUGAAGACAUGAAUGGACACCCAGAGCCCGGCCCCGCUAAGGUGACAGUGACCAGCAGCAGCAGCGGAGGAAGCAUCCCUUGCCUGCCCAGCAGCAUUGCCAGUGCCGAGCGCGUCCCGAUGAGCCGUGCCACUCUGUGGCAGGAGGAGAGCCGCUGGAGCAGGGCCACCAUCCCCUGCAGCCGCAGUGCCUCCUGUCUCAGCCAGCUGGGCCAGAGCCAACCAGACUCCACUAUCACUACUCAAGACGAUGGUGGCACCAUGAGCACCGGACGCAAGGUACGAGUGGAAAGUGGUUACUUCUCCCUGGAGAAGACCAAGUCGGAGCCUUCUCCACAGUCUGCACAGCACUCUCAGCCACCCACGCAUCUGCCCCUGUCCUCUUCACCAUCUUCCUCCUCCUUAGGAGCUCUCAGUCCCAGGUACAACUCUGAGCCCGAAUCACAAACUUCCCCUUUUCAACCCUCCCAAGAUCCUCUCCCUUCUCCAGGUGCACUCGUUUCCCCCAGCUACUCCACCAUCAGCUCCUCCCAGAGCUCGCUGGACUCCGAACCCAGUGGGAGUACACCCACCUGGGAGGGGCGCAGCGGUGGUGGAGGGAGCACCGGUAGUGUCAGUGGUGGAGGAGGCAGAGUGGGCCGGCCUGGAAGAGAGUACGCAGCCCUGUCUGAUGUGCCACGGGCUCGCAGACUGAGUUACCGCGAAGCCUUCCGCUCAGAGAAAAAGCGCCAAGACCUGAGGGCACGGACACGGAGUCCUGGCAGAGAGGAGGUGGCCCGGCUGUUUGGGGAGGAGCGAAGGCGUUCUCAAAUCAUUGGCCGAUUCGAAGAGGGUCAGCCUGUAGAGCGCAUGGACACAAGCAGCUCCAAUGAGCCUUCUGACAGCACCACGCUAAUCCAGAGACAAGGCCGCAGCGAGAGACGCUAUCUGGCUAAUAAACAUGAGAUGUCACUGGAUGCCGGCAAGGACCGCUCAGUCCCUGAUGUGUCCAGCUCCACUUUUGCUAAUUUAAGAAGAGCCAAGUCACUGGACCGCAGAGUCACCGAGUCCUCAAUGACUCCAGAUCUGCUGAACUUCAAAAAAGGAUGGAUGACAAAGCUGUAUGACGAUGGAAUGUGGAAGAAACACUGGUUUGUCCUGACAGAUCAGAAUUUGAGGUACUACAAGGACUCAAUAGCUGAGGAGGCUUCAGAACUGGAUGGUGAGAUUGAUCUCUCUACGUGUUACGAUGUCAAAGAGUUCCCCGUCCAGAGGAAUUAUGGUUUCCAGAUCAUGUGUAAAGAGGGAGCGUGCACCCUGUCAGCCAUGACCUCUGGAAUCCGUCGCAACUGGAUUCAGGCCAUCAUGAAGAAUGUGCGACCCACUAUUGCCCCCGAUGUCACUCGGAAAAACAUCUCUCUGAAACUAUCCGUUCUGAAGCCCAGGUUGGAGUACUUGUGUGUUGAAUAUCCUCCCCCCCCUCCUCGAACAGUGAUAUCCCUCCCUGAGGAGAAGAUAAAAGCCCAUGUCAUGUUGGAGCCGUGUUCACAAACCAACCUUGAGCAAAGCCCCAGUCCUGAGGCCCCCAAUUCGGAUGUCCACAGACAGCCAGCUGGCAACAACACCUCUGCCUCCCCUUCUGAGCCCCGUAAGAGUCGAGUUCGUGAGCGCAGACGAGAGGGUCGCUCUAAGACUUAUGACUGGUCUGAGUUCAAAAUGGAACAGACAGGAAAGCCCUUGAAGGAACGAGCAGACACAGUCGACCUCAGCUCAUCAUUCUCCACAUCUCCCUCAUACUGUUCUGCCUCUUCUUCCCCUUCCUCAUUAGCGUCCUCUCCUGUCUCUACCUCCUCCCUCCAAACUUCUUCUGCAUCAGGUGCUCACCCGCCUUCUACGACAGCAGAAGCAGAAAAGGAGAGUGUUAGGAGGGGUGUCCCUCCUCAUGGCACAACCAGUGCAACCCACAUGCCAAAUACUGUUACUGUUACCAUGACCUCCACGCUAAAUACUACACCGUCGGUACAGCCAUUGAAACCUGAAUGCCAAGAACAAGGAAAGAUGGAAGUAGACCACCCCGCGGCCAUGCAUACUGCUAGUGACGAUAAGAAGGACAACAAAACCUCAGAUGUCCAAGAAGAGAUUGAGCAGCGCUGGCAUCAAGUGGAGACAACACCAUUAAGAGAAGAGAAGCAAGUGCCCAUCGCCUCAGCUUCAGGAAACUCUGACAGAUUGCCUGCACAUGAACUCGCUGCGCUGCUUGACAAAGAGUUGGGACAGAAGCAACAGGAGCUGGACCGACUACAGAAGCAAAACAGUGUUUUAAAAGAGCAGUUGGAAGAUGCACUAGGGAGGGAACAAAGUGCCAGAGAGGGCUAUGUGCUGCAGAGUGCAACACCCCCUUCCUCUUCACCGCACAGAGUGCCAUGGCAACGCCUGCACAAGCUUAAUCAAGAUUUACAGGGCGAGUUGGAGACCCAAAAGCGCAAGCAGGACAUGGCCCAGCAGCAGAUUCGGACACUAAAGAGAAGCUACACAGAAGCCCAGGAUGCUGUAGGCCAGCAUGAGGCUGGCAUUCAGGCACUGCAGGCUAAACUAGCAUCUGCAAUGGCUGAAAUCUUGGCCAGCGAACAGGCUGUGGCCAGAAUGCGCAAUGAGCUCAAGCUUGAGCAAGAGCGCUCAAAGGAACAGGAGGAGGAAUAUAGCCGUAGUGAGGCCACAAUACGAGCCCAGCUCAAAGACAACGAAGACAGACUCCGGGAAGUAGAGGCCAGCCUCUUAGAGAGAAACCAAGCCCUUAGGCACCUAGAGCGCCAGCAGGCCUUGCAACGGGACCACAUGAGAGAAAUACAGAGGCUGCAGGAGAGGCUGCAAGAAGUGACUGCUCGGCUAAGUGCUACUGAGGAGGGUCAGGCACUGAAAGAGGAGCGACUGAGGCAGGAGCAGAAUAGUAUGCUAGAGAGUCAUGAGAGGGAAAGACAGAAUCUGUGUAGAAGAUUAGCUGAGGCUGAAACUGCAAAGAUGGAGAUGGAGAACCGACUGCUGGAGGCUGAGCAGCAGGUGGAGGCACUGUUAAGAGGGAGGCAGGCCUCUGGAGGAAAGGAAUGCAGGGAGGAAAUGGUGAAGUUGCAAGAGGAGGUGACCCAGAAGAAUGACAUGGUAGAGAUACUGAGGGAGAGUGUGCGUAGGCUUGAAGAAGAGAAAGGCCAUCUCACUUGCCGCUGUCAGGAGCUUCUUAACCAGAUUUCCGAGGCAGACCGUGAGGUGAAUAAGCUGCGCAAUCGUCUGGAAACGGAAGAGGCUGAUUACUACACCUUGGAGCACUCAUAUGAGAGAGCAACCCAAGAGUUUCAGAAAAUGAGCCAGUUCCUGAGGGACAAAGAGGAGGAGAUCCGGCAGACUAAAGAAAUGUAUGAGAGGCUGGUAGAACGCAAAGAAGAGGACCUGAAAGAGGCCCUUGUUAAAAUGGCUGCACUUGGCAACAGCCUGGAAGAAACAGAACAGAAGUUGCAAGCUAAGGAGGAGCUUCUUUGUCAAAUGAGUCAGAGUCUCUUAGAUAAGGUUGAGCCCUGUAGUGCUGAAAAGGAUCUGCAAGCCAAGCUUGUGGUUGCAGAGGACCGCAUAGCAGAGCUAGAGCAGCAUCUCAAUGCCCUGCAACUGGGCUAUGCUGACCUACGCAUGGAAAGGCAGCAUAUCCCAGAAGAGAGCAAGACUGCAAGACUUAAAACAUCAGUCUCCUUAUCAGCAAACACAGAACUCCUACUUUCCUAUGACCGUACAUCCAGGACAGAAAAUUUCCCAGAUGAUAAGGAGUCUCAAGCUAAGAGACCAAGAAUACGUUUUUCCAAUAUUCAGUGCCAAAAAUACAUGAAUCUAGAGGGCUUAGACACUACCCAUGUCAGCAGUACCUUUGCAGACACAAGACAAAAAGUUAGUCAGGAUGUAAAUGAAGACAUCCAUCAAAGUGAAGGAAGCAUCUCCUCUGAUAUCACCUUUUCCCAUAGUAGUGACCCAGAGAAGUUUAUCUCUAUCAUACAUGCCCUAGAGACUAAACUGCUUGCCACUGAAGAUAAACUAAGGAACCUCACACAGAAUCUAGAAGAGCCACGAUCCAUCCAAGCAGAAGACAUGCCUAAGAUUGAUCUAAAGAUGACAGAAACAAAGCCUAACCUUGACAAGGCGUUUAGUUGUGGAGUUGUGGUAAAGAGUAGUGCUGCCAAUAAGCAUUAUGCCAAGGCCCUGGCGUGUGUGGAAAAUAGUCGAGAGAAAGUCAGGAAUAUUCUCAGAGGCUCUCAUGAUACCACUGAUUCACAGCUGCACUCGUUGUCAGAGAUAGAGAAAGACUUGUUUGAUGCAUCACUGUACAUUCGACAGGGACAAAAGACACUGGAAGAGCAAUCACCAGCUGUCUAUCAAAAUCAACCCCCAGAGACCCUAGAUAAAGAUGCUUUGCACCUCUUUGCCAAAACGUUAUCGUUUGAGGCAGUCGUUUUGAACAAGAUGGCUAUGUUAAUACAGACUUCAAAGUCUGACCUCCUACAGUCUCUUGCAGAGAUAUGGGAAGACAUGGAGAAUGUUAAAAGGGGUGACAGAGAUUGCUUGGCUAUUGUUUAUGCUGAUGUCUUGACCAGAAAGUUGAUGUUAGAGAGUGCGUUUUGGAAAGACUUGGAGAAAGCUGAGACGGAUGUUGCUAAAUCCAAAGAGAGCAGUGUUACAGUUGAUGUAGAUGUUGAUGCCACAGAAAUCUUUAACACCUUCAUUAAAGCAGAGCUAGCCUACUCUAUUCAAAACCUUAAACUUUGCUAUGAAGAGAAAUUCAGAAUACUGAAAAGGGAGUUGACUGAAGCCCAUGAUAACCUGCAUCAAAGGGAAAAGGCUCUGAAAGCAAUUAUUGAAGCUUCCAAAAGGCCUGAUUUGAAAAAUGUAAUAAAAGAAGUCAAAAAUAACUUUGGGUUUGGUAAACAAAAGCAGUUAGCAGACAUUCGCCCCCCUGAACUCGCUCCCUACAUGGAGCAGAUUGAAAUGGAAGAGGCUAAAGGCUUGGCUGAGGAAAUUGUAGAUCGACACUUGGCUGGAGAAAUGCCCUCUUGUGGUGUCGACUGUAUUGAAUCACUGCAAAAUGCACAUGACAACCUGGCUAAUGAGCUUCAAAGACAAGCAGCAAUCCUACAUAAGUACGCUCAAGAGAUAGAAAGUGGUGGAAACCAUCCUGGACUGGCUAAAAUGAUCCAUGCUCUGCUGGGACGCCAAACGUCACAUCAUUUCACAAGUACCUCUCUUUGUAUGCGUGAAGCCCUGAUCCAGGCUCAGGUGGCUUAUGUGGCAUGUAGGUUACGGGCCAUGCAUGAGCAAGAUGUGGGCUGGUGCAAACAGACAGGUCAGAACAUGGAUGUUCUUGUCCAGCAGCAUGCCCGCAAUGUCAGUGCAAUCCAAGAGAAAUAUGAGGCAUCCUUGCAGGAUGAGCGCCUGAACUUCACACAAACAGUGUCCACUCUCCAGAAGGAGAACAGCACACUGAAGAGUGAGAUCAGCAAACGUAUGAACCAGCUCUCCCAACAGCAGGAGCAACUGGCUCUCUUGGAGGAGAAUUUCCAGAAGGAGACUGAAGAGCUGAAGCAGAGGCACAAGGAAGAGCUAAGCCGAGCAGAGAAAGGCCGUGCCUCAACAGAGCUGGCCCUCAUGGAGACUACAGCAGACAGUCAACGAAAGCUAGAAGUUCUGCUGGUGGACAUGGACACCAUGGAGGAACGGCACGAGGGUCAUGUGAGGAAACUAGAGGAGCAGUUUGAACAGCGGAUCUGUGAACUCCAGCAAAUCCACAAGCAGGAGAUCGAAAAGUUACAGUCCCAGUAUAUGGAAAACAUUCAGUGUAUCCAAAAGCACCAACAGGACAAAAAAGGUCCUGGGGUUUCCCACUCGCCUCCUUGCGAUGAUGCCACUACACCGAUGGAAGAGGAAGAGCAGGGGAAGGGGGAGGAUGUACAGAUUACGUCAGAGGUGGACUCCAUGGUGAUUCUAAAGGACCGUAUCCAGGAGCUGGAGGCUCAGAUGAGCACCAUGAGAGACGAACUGGAGAACAAACACCUAGAAGGAGAUGUGGCCAGCCUGAGAGAGAAAUACCAGAGAGACUUUGAAAGUCUUAAGGCCACUUGUGAGCGUGGCUUUGCAGCAAUGGAAGAAACACACCAGAAGGUAAUACAAGACCUCCAGAGGCAGCAUCAGAGGGAGAUUUCCAAACUUAUGGAAGAGCGAGAGAGACUAUUGGCUGAGGAGACUGCUGCCACAAUUGCUGCUAUUGAAGCGAUGAAGAACGCACACAAGGAGGAACUGGAGAAGACCCAUCGUUCCCAACUGAGUGGAGUAAACUCUGACAUUGAUGAACUUCGCUCACAGUAUGAAGAGGAGCUGCAGUCCAUCCAGAGAGAACUGGAAGUUCUGUCAGAGCAAUACUCUCAGAAAUGUCUGGAGAACGCUCACCUGGCACAGGCACUGGAGGCCGAGAGGCAGGCCCUCAGGCAGUGUCAGAGAGAGAACCAAGAACUAAACGCUCACAACCAGGAAUUAAAUAACCGACUGACUGCAGAGAUCACUCGGAUGCGCUCCUGUUUCAGCGGUGAAACAGCGCUGUCUCCACUCACCCAGGGCAAAGAUGUGUAUGAACUGGAGGUGUUGCUGCGAAUUAAAGAGUCAGAGAUCCAGUAUCUUAAACAGGAAAUCCACUCUUUGAAAGAUGAACUGCAGUCUGCUUUAAGGGACAAGAAAUAUGCCACAGACAAAUAUAAGGACAUCUAUACAGAGCUCAGCAUUGUGAAAGCAAAGGCUGACUGUGAUAUCAGCAAACUGAAGGAGAAGCUGCUCAUUGCCACAGAAGCUUUAGGCGAGAGGACUGUCGAUGGGACGGUCACAUCUGGAUACGAUAUAAUGAAAUCAAAAAGUAAUCCAGAUUUCCUGAAAAAGGAACGAUCAACAACCUCCAAGCAAUCAAGAGGUGUAAGGUCAAAGAGCCUGAAAGAGGGACUAACCGUGCAGGAGCGUAUGAAGCUUUUUGAAGCAAAAGAUUCCAAAAAGAUUUGAAUAUCAAGAAUUUCUUUUCUGUUUCCUGACCUCGGCAUUUGGUCAGACUGCUACGGCUGUGCCAGCAUCAGCUGAAGACUCCUAUAGGAUCACUCUUAAAGAUCUAUCAAGGUCACUUUGAAACCUGGACCUGCUGCUCCCAUGCCCCUGAUAAGUUGUCAUAUUUUUGUUUGUUUUUUUUAAUCAAUGGAAAAAAGUUUUACUGAAUCAAUCCUGUGUAAGGUUUCUUUAAAAAAAUUCUUAGAUGUUUAAUCUGUCCAAUAUGGAGACGUGUUAAAUAAGCUGUGAGAGGGAUACAUGACAGCAUUUUUAUUGAUCCUCCAAAAUGCCAAAACAGACAGCAAUACACAGUAUGAAUAAUAUAUAUUUCCCAAUAUGAAUUAAGUAUCUGCUGUAUUUUAUUAUUGUUACAGUUUCUAUAUCUAAUAAUUUUUAAUGUGUUUAAUGUUGCACCAGUUCUGUUGUACAUAACUACUGGAUAUAUGUAAGAGUAUGGUUUGCUAUUGAUUGUUGGGGCAUCUGCUGUACUAUAACUAUGGUUUGAUUGAUAGUGGAAAACAAUGUGAUGCUUAACUUGCUUAUGUAUGAGAGUUUUAUAAAAUGGAGUGUCUGUGUGUGGGGGGGGGGGGGGGGGUAGUGGGGUGGGAUUGCACUUAUCACUUGACUACUUGAGGAAGCUUUUUUAUUAUUUGUCUCAAAUUUGGUGUAGUGACUUCAACUCAAUUAUUGCAGUGCAACCAAACAUCCUGACUUCUGUCAAAUUUAGUGAACGACCGUGACUUGUUAGUGAUACUGGAUUUAUUCUCAAGUUUCUUAAAACCUGGAUUUGUGUUUGCUCAGUUUAGCCUUUGGUGUGAGAAUAUCAUCUCAGAAAACCCGGAACUAUUUAGGACUUUGCAUGACUGUACAGUAUCAUUUGAAUUGCAGAAUGAUCAUGUUGCCUCAUUUUCCUACUUUAUGCUUUAGUGUGAAACUCUUAACACUAAUAAGCUUUGCUUUGCAAGUCCUACUGUUUAGGUGUUGAGAUUGAAAUGUUUUACUGUAAGCGGCAGUCUUGAAGCACUUGGCCCAAUCCCUGACCUCUCACUGAAAUCUAGUCGUGCCUCAACUGAGUGAAGAAUAUAAACAUCCAUGAAACCUGUGCAGCUAUGGAUACACACUGUAUAGUAUUCAAACCACGCCUUGUAUAUAUAUGUAUGCCACACGGAAGACUUCUGUGUUUUGUUUUAAACUUGUACCUUGCUCACUAGCUCUAUAUGAAAUAUAUAUGAAUAUUUUUUAUUUUCAUUUGAAUGUAUAACGUCAAUUAAAUGAAGUGUUUGGAAA